GCGGCGUUGGCUGGCGCGUCGGCGUGUACGCGGGGGUCCGGUGCUGCCCUGAGGGCGAUCGGGUCGGGCCAGGUCAGGCCCGAUGGCGGCGGUCCUGGCGGCGUGCCGGCUUCUCGGCCUGGCACUCUGUGUGCGCGCCUACAACGUGGACAUGGAGGGCUGGGUGGUGUACCGCGGCCAGGAGCGCACCAUGUUCGGGUUCAGCGUGGCUGCCUACACCGACCUGCGAGGAAGCUGGGUGCUGGUGGGGGCGCCCCAAGCCGCCACGACCCAGCCGGGCGUGGUCAGGGGAGGAGCCGUCUACAAGUGCAGCGCCGAGCCGCCGUCCAGCGACGCCUCGCGACUCCGAAACUGCCAGCAGAUUCCUUUCGACGUGAAAGGGAACAACGUGGCGUCCGGCCGGCCGAUGGACGACAAGUCGGGCCAGUGGUUCGGCGCUAUGGUGGCGUCGUCGCCGGGGGUGAACAACACAGGAGUCGUGGUGGCGUGCGCUCCCCGCUAUCUCUGGUUCUCCAGGAACCAGGAGCGCCGUGAGCCCGUCGGCACGUGCUACGUGGCCAAAGACGGAUUCUCCAAGAUCGAGGAGUAUUCUCCUUGCAGAACAGACGGCUGGGGCUACCACCGUCAAGGAUUCUGCCAAGCUGGGUUCGGAUCUGCUAUUAACAAGGACGGCGACCGUCUCUUCAUUGGCGCUGUCGGCAGCUGGUACUGGCAAGGUAAGAUAAACACGGAGGGCUCGUUUGGGUCAGCGUGCAGAAUCGGAUCGCUCAUGCCUGGCGAGUGGUGAGAGGGUCUGCUGCCACAGACGCC